AUGGCAACCAUUGCCCAGAAGUUGGGCAAACAGGGUAGCGAGUCCAUGGGCGUACCCCAUGGAGAGGAGACAGAGGAGCAGACUGAUCCACACGAAAAGCCUCGGGCAGAGGCGCAGACCAAUCCACAUGAAAAACCUCAGGACACAAAUGGGGAGGCUGUUGGUGCUACAUCUGAACAAGGUAAGCAGCAGAGAGAGUGACACUGUUUAAUAAAGUUAAGUGUUCCAUGUGACUCCCUAAAAACACGCCACUUCAAUACAGCUACGACCAGAAGUUACUUUUCGUAGCAGGUUAGGAGAGCCUUUUCGCUAACCCUUUAACUAACCUUAACCUAAUUUUCCUAACCUGCAACGAUAAUUCUCCUAACCUACAACGAAAAAAGUCACUUCAUAGCUGGAUCGAAGUGGCAUGUUUUUAGGGAAUUUUGCAUUCCAUACUGCAUGUAGUGGAGGACAGACCCCACCACGUUCCUAUGUUUCCUCAGGCCAGGAGCUGCCUCCAGAAGAGCUUCCUGUAACAUCCUCCACCCCGGGAAAUCGUCUGCAGAGAAAAAGAGUCCCUAAUCCGAAAUAUCAGAGCGAACCAGACACCGACAUGACCAACACAGACCGUGAGUGCCUGGUUAUUAAUAUUGUGUACUAGUAGUAGCCUAAUAUAUGCCUAGAUGAUAGCGCAAACCAACUUGCCUCUUUUGUUGCUCUGAUGUAUAUUUUGGUCUAUUUUUUCCUCAUAGUACAAUGUCCUGACUCAACAGAAAAGCCAAGGAAAAAGAGGGGCCUGAAAAAAUCUGUCUCCAACACAGAAACUGACCAGCAGGAGCCUGCCAAAAAGACCCCAAAACCGAAAACCCCCAAAAAGACACCUGCCAAAAAGACACCACAGAAAAAGGCAGCGGUCUCGAGCAUAAACAGUGAAAAGGGGCUUAUCAAACAGACCCCUGCCAAGAAGACCUCUGCCAAGAAAAUACAACAGGAAACACCACAGGUCAACUCCACGCCCCCCCCUGCAGUCCCGGAACUGAGGGAGACCCCAGAGGAGCCUGAAACCACCCCUGGUGGCAGACCCAAGCGGAGGGCAGCAAAAGCGUAUGUGACAUCAUCUAGUCCCCCAUCAUUUUGAUUCUGUUACAGCAAGUAAGCAGUCUCUGAUGGUAAAGAAGAGAUGCUCCUAUACAGUAUGCCUAUUAGUGGAGAUUUCAGUGAAUGAGUAGUAGUAUUCUUCUUGUUUGGCCAGUGUUUUAUACAGCUACCUUUGGCUCCCAAUGCUUUUUCAAUAUCUCAUUCACUUUGGAUGGACUCUAUUAUAAAACAAUCAUAAAUGGCCACCAAAUCAAACUUUAUCUCUUCACAUCAAAAGCAAUUUCAUUCAGAGUUUGGAAAAAGUAAUGCUCAAUUGACCCAUUGUUGUAUGUUUCUGUUCUAUCUCAGUGCAUUGCAGUACCUCCAUACCCUGGCCAAGGAGGUAUACAACCAAUCUGACAAUGCUACUAAGAACGACUGGGAGUCUAGCCCAGUCCCCAGCCCCAGCUCAACCCAGCCCCAGAAACGGACCAGAGGCAAGGGCAAGAAGAGGAAGGCCCCUGAUUUUGACAGUGACAACGCCGCAGAGGAUAUGGACUUUGUUCCAGAAAAUAAAGACACUGAGGAGGAACGUGAGGAUGAAGAUACUCAAGAAGACCUAGACUUAGACUUGGAGCAGAGGCACACACCAACGAAAGACCUUAGAUCCAGACGCAUUUCCAGAGGUCUUGUGAGUACCAUUUUUUUUAACAGAAGAUUGUGAUAAAUAGACUAGCAGACAAACCAAGAGAUAUUGGGAGGUAUUUUUCCCACUAGACGACCACAGUCUGAGACCAAUGACAAACUAAAUGAAGACUUUUGUGUUACCGUUGUCAUGUUUUAUUUUUUGUCACUCAGUCAAGUCAAGCUCGAUAUCAUGGUAACGCCCCCAAUGGACUGACCAACAUCGUGAUGGGACCCAUCUGGAUGUGCACCAAAACCACCAAGACCUUGUAAGUGGCUCGCCUGUCUUCUAUGGGGCAGGUAGCUUAGUGGUUAAGAGCGUUGUGCCAGUAACCAAAAGGUCGCUGGUUCUAAUCCCCGAGCCAACUAGGUGAAAAAUCUGUUGAUGUGCCCUUGAGCAAGGCACUUAACUCUAAUUGCUCCUAUAAGUAGCUCUGGAUAAGAGCGUCUGCUAAAUGAGUAAAUGUAUGUAGCAAUAAAAAAAUGAGGUUUUAUUGCUUACUGCCAGUAGGGGGUGCUCAAUGCAUUUACAUUAUUCACUCCUGGGUCUUUUGUCCUGGCUCUUUCUGUGGGUUUGACUGACUGUCUUUUGCAGCCGUGAUGAACACUGUAACGAAUGGGUCUUUGCUGAGUGGAUACCUUCAGAGAAGGAUUGGCAUUGCUUGUCGGACAGGUAGAAAUAUCAUUACACAUUUGAUUAUUACAUUAUACUUGAUCUCCCAGAAAAAAUACUACAUAUAUCUCACAAAUCAAGUAACCCAAGAAUACAUCAAAUGUUUGGUAUGCAUUUCCCCUCCCAGUGAGGCUGAGCAGUAUCUACCGCAGGAGAUGAUGUCUACAGCCUUCACCUUCUCCAGAGAGGGCAUCAGAGAGGAGACUCCUCUGCACAGAAUGAAGAGGUAGGUCCUUUGUAGCUCAAUUUGUAAUUGUGGUGCUAGCAACACCAAGGUCUUGGUCAAGUCCUUGAUAUAUAUAUAUAUAAUUUUUUUUAAAAGUAUCUUACUGUUGUUUGCUGUCCAGGUUUGAGUGCCUGCCACCUCAUCCUGAGCGCUGGGACAUGCUAUUCUAUACGGGCGGCCCGGUGUGGGCCAUGGACUGGUGCCCCACCCCCGAUGGCGCCCCUGCCAGCCAGUGCGCUGCCAUCUACUGCCACAGGAACCUGGAUGACCAGCACAGGAUGAAUGAGUUGUACACCAAACCUGGACUCAUCCAGAUCUGGGAUAUGGGACAACUCCAGUACAACACCAGGUAGGGACCAUGGCAAUGGCCAGUUAAUGGGGAUCAGUAUCGUUUUUUUUCUUAAAUAACUAUAUAUUUUUCUAUCUACCGCUACAAUCUUCUUGAUCUUUCUACCUUUCUCUGGGCCAUCUCUCUGCUCCAUCUCUCCCCAGUCCCCAGUCCUCUCCACGGCUGGCCUAUGGUAUUGCCCAGGAUAAAGGCUUUGUGUGGAACCUGAAGUGGUGUCCAGGAGGAGCCUGGGAGCUGCCCACCACUAACAGGAAGGUAGGAACAGAAGCACACAGAGAUACACAGGGACCUGACAUGUUAAAUCUACAUCAGUAAUGUCUGUUACUGCAUAAUGGCUAAACAUGACUGUAAAAGAGAACUGUAUAAAACACUAAAAAAUAGAAUGUAUGACUCUCUUUGUCCCUCUCUUUCCUUCUGUCCUCCCCCUCUCUCUGGCAGGCCCCUCACAUGCCCAGAAUGGGUCUCCUGGCUGCCUCCACAUCAGAUGGUCACAUCACCAUCUACAGCCUGCCUCACCCCGACACACUACUAGCCCGCAGGAAACACACCGCUAAAGGUUAGCAUGCUCAUUUAAAGUGGAACUGACAGCGUUUUAACUACUUUGCAGAUAUGAAACAAACAGACAAUCAUGAUAUCAGUAAAAAUAUCAAAUUCCCAGUUUAUGCUACAAAACCAACUUUAUUAGGUUUUAAAAAUAGGUUAUAUUUGACUAAAAAUUCCAUGAUGUAGAUAGAGUAAGGUAUUGCUGGCAGUUUA